AUGAAGAAUGGCAGUAUUUUUAGCAUUUUGAAUGCUUUGUAUCGAACACCACUUUAUCAAAUAAUCACAAGAUAUUAUGAUGCGGAUGAACCACCGGAGUCGAUAUUCGAUUAUUACUCAAUGCCUGCGCUGUCAGAGUUGGACGACUUCGACCUUUGUCUGAAGAAGCCUGACGCAGUCUACUGCAUAGUAGACCUGGAACUUCUAGAAGACGAUACGCCAUUGUAUCAGUUUAUAAAGAACUUCUCCUCAUUAUCCUACAAGAAUUAUCAGCACUCGAAGCUACAUCGAGGAGUGUGUGGCUCCAAGCAUUGUGGCCUGAACACUACUCAUGCAGACGCUGGCGAGUCUACGUCAGAAGCUUUGAAGAACUGCCUGAAUACCAGCAUACAUCAGGGGUAUGGAUUGCAGGUGGAUACUCUAUCAGUCCGGUACUGUAAGACUCAGGAUGACUACAUACCACCAGAUGUACUGGAUUACGUCAUCGGCGUUCUAUUACUGGCUCUUCUAUUGGUGAACCUUGGCUGUUCCGCUUAUUACUUCUUAUGGCCCGUGGAGAAGGAAAAAGCUAAUAAAUUCAUGCUGGCUUUCUGUGUCCAAACGAACUGGAAAGCUUUGAAACAUGGAGGUAGCGCUGAGGGUGGGAUCUUCAAAUGCUUCCAGGCGUUGAGAUUCUACACAAUGGUGAUGAUCUUAGGUCUACAUUCGAUGAUAUUCAUCGGCUACGGAUACACCGCUAACCCAGAGUUUAUUGAGAAUUCUUACGACGACUUCUUCAAGGCUCUCCUUUUCAACGCUCGGGUAAUAGUCCAGAUCUUCUUCGUGAUGGGAGGAUUCCUCAUGGCUUACAAGAUGCUGGUGUACGCUGAGUCUCAUCAGUUCACUUUGAAGACUGUUCCUAUGGCGCUCGUUAAUAGAUGGUUGAGGUUAAUGCCAGCAGUACUAGUGGUAAUGGGUCUAGCAAUGACAUGGGUGCCGCAUAUGGGGUCUGGACCGAUGUGGGAUGCUGUGGUGAAGAGAGAAAGAGAUAUGUGUCGAAUGAACUGGUGGCAACUAGUCAUCUUGAGCCCUAAUCUGUUCCCGUUUGAGCACCUCUGCUUACCUCAGGCUUGGUACCUCGGUACAGACACCCAGCUCUUCCUGAUAACCCUGGUAGUCCUGCUCAUCAUCUGGAGAUGGCCUAGAAGUGGAGUACCAGUUCUCUCUGCGGUUAUGGUCAUAAGCUUGCUGAUACCUUUCCUGCAGAGCUACUUUAUGAACUUACUACCUAUUAGAGUCAGCAUAUUCCCCGAAUCAAUAAGGGAUAUAUUCGGAUACAACGACACGUUCUACCAUGCGUAUGUGUCAGCGCAAGGUAACUGGGCUGGUUAUCAUCUUGGAGUAUUGACUGCUUACUUCUAUCAUAAGGCCCAGCAGAAGAAAUGGGAUCUUAGAGGGUCUAUGCUCAUGAAACUCCUCUUCCUGGCUUCAAUUCCCGUCGCAGGUGGAGCUGUCCUUAUGGGUUGGGAUCUCCACCAUCGUGAGGCAUCAGCCUUCGAGGCCGCUGUGUUCAAUGCUUUGAAUCAGAACUUCUUCGCUCUGGCCAUCUGCGUGUUCAUUAUCGGAUACUUUUAUAAGCUGAACAGAAUCUACGUAGGCUCCGUAGAAUGGGGACCUCUACAGCCACUAGGCAGAAUGUCCUACUGCGCCAUGUUGCUUCACGCCACGGUGCUGAGGACCUAUGGAGGUCAGAUGAGGAGGUCUUUCUAUGCUACUGAUUAUACUGCUAUAAUGUUAUACGCCGGUAUAGUAACAACGACUUAUCUCUUCGCUCUUCCUCUCUAUCUCUUCGUGGAAGCUCCAGCCUGUCAGCUACAGAAACUCCUCCUUGGUCCAAAAAGAAAACCUGAAAGAAAAGAGAUGGAAGAUUCUAACGCCAAUCAUGUCAAACCUGGAAUUUCAAACGUAUCUGUCAACACUGUAUCUACACAUAUCUAA